GGUCCAGCGCCCAAGCACCCCAGUGGCUCCUAAACUACUUGAUAGAUUUAGAAGCCGUCUCAUAGCGCAGCGGCAACCAUGCUGUCCACCGUGACUCGCCAGGCCCUCGCGGCCAAGCCUUUUGGCACCGUGCAGCCCCGCGUUGCUCCCCGCCUUGCCAAGUGCCAGAUGGCGCGCAAGGAUAGCUACAUGGUUGAGGUUGAGGUGGCUGAGGAUGAGCCCGAGGAUGUGGCUGUGCGCCGCUACAUGAAGCUGGUCAUGCAGAGCCGUGUGGUGGAGAAGCUCCGCGCUCGCCGCACCAAGGAGACUAAGAUUGAGGAGUACAAGCGCCGCUUCCGUGAGCGCGUUGAGAUGCGCAAGGCGGGCAUUGUGGACCCCACCUAUGACGAGCUCUACUCGGCGGAGCUGGACCCCAAGCCCUUUGAGGACUUCUUCCAGCUGCGCGACGACGAGGACCCUGAGGGCGCCUAUGAUGGCGCGGGCGCUGGCUCGGACGACAUCUUUGGCAGCUUUGCCGGCGGCACCUACACGGACACCACUCGGUGGGGCUCGGGCUACCCCGGUGGCGGCUACAUGAACACCUCCAACAGCUUCGGAGCUCAGGGUGGCUACAUGGGCGGCUACAUGCAGUAAACGGCUCAGCGACUGCUCGGUGUGGAUGGCUGUAAUUUGUGGUGGUCGCGCUCGGCCCUGCCGGCGAGCUUGCUGUGACGGCGAGCUGCGUCAGCUAUCAGCUGGAUUGCUUUUGGAGCAAUACAGUGGGGCUCGCGGCUGCUUGGCGGAUUUGGGUCUGCCGGGCUGGGCGGGAGAGUGCGUGGGCGCGGGGCAGCCCUAGCUGGCUGCCCCUGUACGCUGCUGAAUGCAGCGGCGCCGGCACAGAGCGCGUGGGGAUGCAGAUGGAAACACCGGGGGCUUUGAGGGCUGGCGUGGGCUUGGAAGCAGCGUAGGGCGGAGGAAAGGACGGUUGCAGGCAUCAGCGGAGAGCAGCACGCACGCGUGGCCCAGCUUUUUGGUGCAGCGAUGGACCCGACCCCAAUUUUGCACGGCAGGGGUCUGCGGCCGAUUGCUCAUGGCGCAGUGCAGCGGCGACUGAUGGGAUCCUGUGUGAGGCUGUAGCAUCUGAAGGUGACCAGGCGCGGGGGUGCUGCAGCCCGCGUGGUUUGGAGUGCAGGGGAGCGGGUGCGACUCAUGUGAGUUGGGGAGUAGGUACUGGGUGUGGCGACAUCGUCACCACACGGCACCCGGUUGUGCAGACGGGGUGCCGACAGAGGCGUGUUCGGCAGUAGGUAGGGGCGAGCACGGAGUUGUUUGCGAGACGGUGGGGCACGGACGUGCCUGUGACGAGGGCGCGGAUGGAGGUAUAUAAACGGUGUGCAGGUUGCGCUGGCGAGGAAGUGCAGACCAGCAUGUGUAAAUCUGCUUUUUG